AUGCUUGCAAAAUAAAUUCCCCAUUUUUAACUCGUUGACGGGUCUCUCUCUUUCUCCACAUAAUCGCGUUGCUGCAAAGCAUUCUUCUCUCUCUCUCUCUCUCUCUCUCUCUCUCUCUCUCUCUGAACGUUCUGUUUCCAGAUCACUCAAGGCUCUCAUUUCCCAACGGUUGAAGGAGAAAUGGGGCUGACAUUCACAAAGCUUUUCAGUAGGCUCUUUGCCAAGAAGGAAAUGAGGAUUCUCAUGGUGGGUCUUGAUGCUGCUGGUAAGACCACUAUCCUCUACAAGCUCAAGCUUGGAGAGAUCGUCACUACAAUUCCCACUAUUGGGUUCAAUGUGGAGACUGUUGAAUACAAGAACAUUAGCUUCACUGUUUGGGAUGUUGGUGGCCAGGACAAGAUCCGUCCAUUGUGGAGGCACUAUUUCCAGAACACCCAGGGUCUUAUAUUUGUUGUGGACAGCAAUGACAGGGACAGAGUUGUUGAGGCCAGAGAUGAGUUACAUCGGAUGUUGAAUGAGGAUGAACUGAGAGAUGCUGUAUUGCUUGUGUUUGCCAACAAACAAGAUCUUCCUAAUGCAAUGAAUGCUGCUGAGAUUACUGACAAGCUGGGACUCCACUCUCUCAGACAACGCCACUGGUACAUCCAGAGCACUUGUGCAACAUCUGGGGAAGGCCUUUAUGAAGGUUUGGACUGGCUUUCGAACAACAUUGCCAAUAAGGUAGUUGUUAGUUUAUGGAAAAGUGCAUUCAUGCAUAUUGAUGUUUAAACCUUUAUUAUUAUUA